GCGCAUGUUUGAAUGGAGGCGUUCUCGGCGAGGAAAGGAACGUAUGCGAGGAUCGGCGCCCGAGACUCCCGCGUAUUAUGCACGAUUGCUGACUUAUCCGCCACGUUCUUGCGGCUCUAGUCCAUGGUGAGCCACCCCACGAGCCAGAGGAAUAGCAGCCCGAGGUCCAGCGCGCGCGGCAACAUGGCCAAAGGAAAGCGUCGAACUGACCGUAGCAGCAAGGAUGAGAAUGCUGUCCUUAGUCACCUAGACGGGCCAAAGGGACCCAAGGACUCGAGACUAGAGGCAAAAGUGGUCAACGGUUCCCUCUCCAAUGGCAAAUUAGGUCACACUGCAAGCACAACACAGAAGGAAACCAAGAUUACCACAUACUUCUCUCCUUCAAGGUCACCUCCAGCUGCAGAUGAUGCAGAGGGGCCCAGAGGCGAAACACAUGGUGGUGAUAGUUGUGAUAUGAACCCAGAGCUAAGUAGUGCCCAGUUGAGUCGUACACACCCAAGCUCUGCCCCAAGCACCCCAACCAAGAUGAUGAAUGGCCAUGCAGAAAGCGCAAAUCCGGUGACAGCCUUCACCACACCUCCCAAGCGCACAGUCUGUACCCGCAGCCAGGCCCUGAAAGAGUUGCAGCUCCAGAGCUCUCCCACAGCUCCUAGCUCUGCUAGUGUCCCCUCAAGUCCCAGCCAGGCCGGUGCAACGGCAACGACCCCUAUGGGCCCCAGCACCCCUACCUCACCCACUCCAGCCUCAGCAGGAGAGGAUGGCAGCAGCCCCCACACAGGGCCUCCCACACCCCACAAGAUCCAGGCACUCAACGAAGAGAGGCUGAGACUAGACUCGCCUCUGUCCCCAUCCUCAGCUUUGUCCAAGCUAAAGCUCUCCCUGACACCAAAGAAGCUAACUUUUAAUGGGAAGACUACAAAGGCUAGGAAAAAGCUGCCAGUGCAGAGCAACACCACCAGGACCGUUACACAUGCAAAGCCCGAAAAGCCAGCUAAGAGUACCACAACUACCAAGACUCAAGCCAAUGGCGAAGCCAAAUCAAACCUUCGCAGCACACAGAUGACGGAGUACUUCCCCAUAAGGAGGUCAGAGAGAAAGCCAAAGACCACACUGCUCCAGGAGCGGCAGAAGGCCAUAGAGGAGAGGAUAAUUAGUGGAUCUGAAGAAGGGUUAACUGUCAAGCAUUUUGGAGCAAAGGGUCGUGGUGUAAUAACAACAAGAAAGUUUGCCAAAGGAGAGUUUGUGGUUGAGUACAUAGGUGACCUUAUAGAUAUGCAGGAAGCCAAAGAGAGGGAGAAGAUUUAUGCACAAGAUGCCUCCAAAGGUUGUUAUAACUACUACUUCACUUUUCAGAAUCAACAGUACUGCAUUGAUGCAACAGAAGAGAGUGGCUACCUAGGGCGGCUGGUGAAUCACAGCCGAAACGGCAACCUGGUCCCUAAGGCAGUGGAAGUGAAUGGAAGGCCUCAUUUGAUCCUUUUGGCCAAGCACGACCUAGAGCCGAGCAUCGAACUCUUAUAUGACUAUGGGGACCGCUCGAAAGAGGCUCUGGAACAUCAUCCAUGGCUAGCUUCGUGAUUUCCAGCUAGGUGUCACUAGGGAGAGAUGGGUUUAAUAUAUUUUGUCAAUUUGAGGUUCACAGGGGUUCAGCUAGACUUGCUUGCAUGUUUUUGUUUUCUUGACAGUAUUAAAUAAAACUGCUUGAUGGUCAUCUCAAAAAAACUGAGAGACCAUAAGAAAAAUAGGAAAAAAGGAAGUUGAUAUUGUUAUGAUUUCACAUGCAUUUUCCUUUUCAUAUUUUCUCCUGCGAUGUUUGAAAAGGAAAAUGAAACAGGUUGUGCAUAUUGCCAUAGAAUAGAUAAGAUGGAUUUUUUUUGUGUUCUGAAAGGAUGUUAAGGUAGCUCGACCCCUGUGACCUGCAAGCUGUGAUGUGUUUGUCACCUCUACUAUACUGCCAGUCUCUGAUGCUCUUGUCCUUUCACACAGCAUAGAUUUAUCACAUCAGGUUGCCUCUUGAAGUUGGUCUGAUGGUGUGCAAAGGCUAUUAUUAUACUGUAAUUUUUAGGUCAGUAGAACUAUUUUGAAUUACUACUACUUGUAAUAUCUGUUUUAAUGAGAAGGGACUGUAUUCUCUCAUUUUUAACAGCUGCACUUUUGAGACCAAAUAGUUGUUAUUAUGGGUUUGGAAUUGAGCCAAGUGUGGAUUCUUAGGCUUUUUAGAUGCCUUUGGCACAAAUAUCAACAAACCUGCAAAGCUGUUGGACUCAGAAGAAGCCGCAGUCUUGCCUAUGCUUUUGUUAGCAGCAGGAUCAUUUGCCUGAAGAUUAGCAGUUACUUAAGAAAUAUUUAUAAUAAGUGAACGGUGAAAGAGAAACAGUGUGAGGCAGUACUUAUUCAUUGUGCAAGUGCAAAUGCAAGGCAGGUGAGAUGGUGAUGGUUCUGGAACGUAUCAUUCAGAACUUGGAAGUGAAUGAGCCGAGAUCCUCAAGAGAAAGGGUGUGACUGGACCCUGAUUUUUAUUAUUUAUUUUUGACUAGUGUAUUUUGCAGUACUACGUGUGAGCUGACUUUAGCAUUUAUACAAAAGACAAGAAGGUUUGGACUGUCUUGAGUUUUGAUCUCACGUUUUUCAUAGGUAGAUUGACUUUUUCAACAUUUAUUAGUGGAUGGAUAAUACCUAUGUCUCAAAUGGUGGUAAACAUCAGUGACGUCUCUAAUUUCAUUUCACAUGCUUUGUUGUCUUAACAACCAUCAUGCAAAGAAACUACUAGUUUUUAAACAUGUGGACAGCAGAGAAUAUUAGAUAAUGAGUUUGUAUAUUGUUUAGUCAUGUGUAUAGAUGAGUUUUAAAGUUGUGUACUUUGCCGGUAAGAAUGAUAUUUAAACAUGGAAAUCUAAUGUGCUUGAUGGCACCCAAGAAUGGUCUCUUGGAGCCCCCCUUGAGUGCAGAGUUCCUAUGUUGAAUUUAAAACUGUUUAAUACUUUAGGAGUUUGGGAUUUAGGGAAGAAGGGUUUGCAUUUCUACCUGUGACUAUCAGAGCCCAGCACUGUGAAGGCUGCAGGGAGCAUGUGAGCAUUGACCAGUUAUCCUCAAAGGGAUUGUAAACACUAAUGGCAGUGAUUGUGAAAUGUGCUGAUGAUGGUACCAAUGAUGAUUUUAGAAAAUAUAUUUUGUCAGAGGAGAGGAGAUGUAAUAUUAUUUAUAGUACCUGUUUCAAUAACAAUUUUAAGACUAUUUUCCUAAAUCCUCCUCAGAUUGUUGGUUAUAAUGUGUGUGCAGUAGAUGUUUUGUAUGUGUACAUCUGUGUGUGUGCGUGCGUGUGUGUGUGUGCGCAUGGUCUGUUCCUUGUGUGCAUAGUCAAAUCCCUUUGAGAAAUAAUUAGUUGUUCAUAAUCUGCAGUAGGAUCACCUCCUCUCUUUUGAAACCUGCCACUAUAAUGUGCCUCUUUUGAAGUCGAGGUGCAGAACAGGGAGUGGUAGCUUUGAAGUCUCUCAGGACAUGACAGGAUAUGGUCAGUGCACAGCUGCCAGUCAGUAUUCCUGCAUUUAGCCACAUGCCUUGAGUGGGCACUGGAUGUCUUCAUUUUGAAUGAUACAGCAAGGCAGAGGAGUAUAAAAACUGCCUUCCUGAAAUAUAACAUACUGUAAACAGAUUUUGUAAAGGUGAUGCUAAAAUGAGACACACAGAGUCAAAUCUUAGAGCUUUAAAAGAGAAGAGAAAGUGUGAAAUGAACUUCAGACUGUUGUUGGUGAGGAACGCCUUUUAUAGAGUGGUUGCUAGUGAUGUGUUGCUUUCCAGGUUUAGAAAUUUGCAGCUUUGAAAAUGAAGACUGUCUGGAAGAAAAGGAUGCCAUAAAAUUUUCUCAUUAUGAUUGUUCUAAAUUCAAGACUUCAGAAUUAUUACAUUUGACAUGCAAACAUGCCCAUUCAUAAACAUAUAAAUGAAAUGCUUAUAUAAACAGUUAUAUACACUUAAACAUUUGUAUGUUUGUGAAUAAUGUACAAAUACAAAAACUUGUGGGUAAACACCCUCUUGUAUAGAGAUAUUCUUGCAUGCACAAAUAUAACAUCUGAUGCAAACAGACACAAGCAUAUUAACAAACACAUAUUGGCACUUGUAUACAUACAAACGCAAACACACAUUCUUUGCUGCGUUUCUCUUAUUAGUACAAAUAUGUAAGAAAUCAUUAUUUUAGUUAUGAAAUAAUCAUUAUUAUAAAGUCAAAAAAAAGAAGGAAAAAAAAUAAAAAAAAGAAUCUCAGAAGUGAUAACACAUGGAUGGGAAAGGAACCUGUUAUCUUGGAUCUACACUUGCUAUUUCACUUCAGAGUAAAGAGUUGAUUUCCGCUGUUGAGAGUCUGAGCAGGGUAUGCUUUGAGUGAAGAUUAACAGUAUUCUGUUCAAGAGGAGGAGAAAAAAGGAAAGCAAAUCUGUGAGUUGGAUGUAGAGUGAUAGGAAU